UGCUGAGUGAUAUCUGGUCCUGCACGGUGACGCGGAAAGUUCUCUCUCACGAAUAUCCGUCCCCGAGUCCGUCCAACCGAAAUCGCGCGUGUCGUUCCAGAGUCGACGUUUCCCAACGAAACCGGAAGUGCGAAUUAACUCAGGACGCAGGACGCGGCAGUAAGGAAGCACGAGGUCGCGUACAGCUGAUGCGAGGUGUCAGCUGCCUCGUCUGCUCCUUUGUUCCGCGCAUCUCCUGCCGCUGCUACUAGAGUGGAGAUCUUGUCGCGUGACGAUUGAAGAAACGGUAUUUUUGCGGUUGAUUUAUAGCAACUGCACGGCUGGCACGUCUAUCCUUUAAUUGGAGAAACGAGCAGCUCGACACUUGCAGAUAAAUCACGCGAUACACGUGAUUAGUGUUCCCGGUACAGACGGUCUCUUAUAUUACGUGAAACAUCAAGGUUUCAAGAAAUUCUGACGAAUUGAAUUCCUGCGUUACGCGCAUCGCAGUCAAACUUGAUCUAUCCUCGAGGGUGUAUCAUCGUAAGAACACAGAGACUUACACGAUAUCCGUUGAGGAGGACCAUUUGUAAGUGGGAAAUGAAGAGAUCCGUACCGAUAGAGAAGCUAAAGAGAGAAGAGAACUGAGCAGGAGAAACGAUUCUUAGCAAGAACGUGAAUGAUUAAUGUUUGCGUUUCGAAAGAAACAAUGAUAUGAAGAUACGGGAAGACCGAUAAUAGAAAAUCGCUGGAUUAUAUCGUAGAGAUAAUAAAUUCUCAAGUUGUACUUGUACGCAUCUGGACGACUCUGAGAGCAUUCCGCCGAUUUCGACCGGGAACCGAUAAAUUAAUGAGGCUAUUAAAAACUUGAUUUCAAGCGAUGAAGUGAGAAGUCUGCGCCGUGUAUGUAUCUGGGUAUCGUUGUGCGAGGUAAACACACCUGGCGUGAUCUUUCUGACUGGCAAAGCGCGAAGCGACGACAAUCGCGGCUCGAACAAUAGCUCCAUUGACAGUAUUAAUUCUAGCAAAACGCGAAAAGUGCGCGUGUUGGAACUGACGAAUCCGCUUCGCACAUUCGUCAAUGCGACUUACGUAAGAGGUGUCAGAGACAAACUGAUCGCGCGCGUUGACGAUGACCUUGGUGGUUUUCUACCGGUGGUCCGUCAAUUCGGUCACAUCGCGGCAACGGCGGUGCCGAAGAUGAUGUCGGAGUGGAGUUGACGCUAGCUGCGGUUACGAGCUGCGCCGUCAACGAGAGUCCGAAUGUGUUGCAAGAGAUUGGCAGAACGACCACGUGAGACAACGUGAAACGUGCCAAUUGAGAGAUGACGGUCACUUACACUGCCGAGGUAGCCACCUGCAAGGGUCUCGGGUGCUUCCUUAAAUUAUUGCUGAGAUGGCGGGCGAGCGUUUAUAAACUCGUCUGGAUCGAUUUGGCGCUCUUCCUCUUCAUCUAUUACUCUCUGUCCGGUAUCUACCGGCUAUUGUUGGACGAGAGGCAGAAGAAGAUCUUUGAGUCCGUCGUGGCGUACUGCAAUGAGUAUAGCGAUCUGAUACCGCUGUCGUUCGUCCUGGGUUUCUACGUUAGCGUCGUCAUGACCAGAUGGUGGAGUCAAUACAUGGCGAUACCGUGGCCUGAUUCUAUCGCGGUAUUUGUAUCGGCCACUAUACACGGGAACGAUGAACGCGGUCGUCUAAUGCGCCGGACGAUCGUUAGAUACGUAUGCGUUUGUCUGACGGUUGUUCUGGCGAACGUAUCGCCACGAGUGAAAAAGAGAUUUCCUACGUUGGAACACUUUGUGGAGUCCGGCUUGUUGCUGGAGAACGAACUAUCGAUAUUCCAGAGCCUGAAUAAGAAAUUUCCGAAGCCGGGCAAGCACUGGUUGCCGAUAGUUUGGGCCGCAAGCAUCGUGACCCGUGCGCGAAAGGAGGGUCGAAUACGCGAUGAUUUCGCGGUGAAGACUCUCAUCGACGAGCUGAAUAAAUUCCGCGGGAUGUGUGGCAGUAUUCUGCAUUACGAUACAAUUAGCGUUCCGUUAGUCUAUACUCAGGUCGUAACGUUAGCUGUAUAUAUGUACUUUCUGACUACCGUAAUGGGUCGUCAAUGGGUUCAAAAGUCAAACUCGACCAUCGAUCUGUACUUCCCAGUAUUCACGACGUUGCAGUUCUUUUUCUACAUGGGCUGGCUAAAAGUAGCCGAAACUUUGAUCAAUCCGUUUGGCGAGGACGAUGACGACUUCGAAGUAAAUUGGUUAAUCGAUCGCAAUUUGCAGGUGAGCUAUCUAAUCGUUGACGAGAUGCAUCACGAGCAUCCUGAACUCAUACGCGAUCAAUAUUGGGACGAGAUAUUCCCCAUGGAACUCCCAUAUACCGCAGCGGCGCAAGCCUUCCGCGAGGAGCCUCCUCAGCCCUCAACAGCCGGCAUACAAUUGUCCGCCGCGCAACAAGAACUGCAACCGUCAUCGGUUAAGAUCGAGGAUAUGGCGCCGGAUUAUCAGCAGAAGUUCCGAUCCGAGGAUGCCGACGACGCAGCAUCCGGUAUACACUUCACCGCCGGCGGUAAAAUUUCCCGUACGGCAGAGAACUGGGGAUUAGUGAGGAGUGCCAGCCGAGUGAGUAAUCGAGAUCGCACUGUUAGCGGUGGUUCGACUCCCAGCAAUUUGGGUGGUUCGCUUACUAGGAUAAACAGCGUUACUAGUGUAUUGAAGCGAAUAUUCAGCAGAGAGGACAGACCGGACGGAGGUAAUACGAGUGGCAGCAAACUCUCAGGGAAGAUUCCGAGCUCGAGUUCGGCAGCUUCGUUACAAAUGCGGCCAUCCGGUGCAGGUGGCUCUAUGAGGAUAGGUGUUAUCGAGGAGGUCGAUGAACAGAUGACACUCACGUCAUUGAGACACGCGAACGAGACGAAACCUCACGUGCAAAGUAUAUUCCCACAAGGCGCGCCACCGCCGAGUCAUCCUGUCGACAUCCCGGGUGCACCAUCCCACAAGCGUGAAAUAUUCUCCAGGAGUGCACCUGCACGAGGAGGAAGCUUAACAGUAGCCGCUAAUACGGAACCUGGAACUGCGCGCGAAAGACAGAUACGGACGCAAGAAUCUACACAGUCGGUACAGUCGAACGUCGGAUGUGAGCCGGCGAGUUUCACCAGCGGGGAAAACGAUAACAUUAGCACCGAGAGCUCUUCAUGUUCCGACGGCAGUUCCGACAACGAAUUUACGAAAUUGAAAAUCGAGAGGAAAGAACAGAGACGCAAUCGUAGAUUCGCCCGUAGCGGUAGUGGACCGGCAGUUAACUCGUUGAAUGGCAAUCAAUCGAGAAGUCCUGUCACCAACGAGAACAUCUUGCUGACGGCACUGGCGGACGCGUCGCGGCUCAGCAUGGGGAGAACCGAACGCAACGAAAGCGAUGAGAUUUAGAAAAAAAAGAAAUAUAUUUUCGAAAUGUACGUAUAUCGAAGCAUCUAAAGACUGGUCGGAAGAAGCCUUAGUCGGGAGGUCGGAUUGAAACGAGAGAAAUAUCGAAACGAGAUAACGCAUCGCGGUAUAUGAGUAGAUUUUUUACUUAUUUUUUCAAUGUACUUACCUAACACGUAACAAUGACUGUGUUUCUGCGUUACAACGCUACAGUAGCGCUACACAAGAGCAUUAUGCAGAUUGGUUAAAAGCUGUAGCGCUGUACCGCAGAAACACAGUCAUGUCUCGUUCGGGAAGAAGAUGUAUUGCUGCUGCAAAUAAGAAUUUUGCGAUUAAUAACUUUAUCAUACUUGCAUAAGAUUAGCAAGACAUUUACAACGAAAGACAAAUAUACAAGAUAACGAAAGAUAAAAAUGUUCGAUCAAUAUAUGUGAUUACAUUAAUUUCGUACAACGGAAAUUACGAAAUCGGUAAAGAUACAUCGUCUCUUGCAAAUUACAUGAAAUUAUUUACAAGGCUAAGAGAUUGCAAAUUUAUACAAAUGAAAAACUUCGUUUUAAUAUUGCACAUAGUGUCUCGUAGAUACAAACAUAAAACGACUUUGACAUGUUCGACUUACAUUCCAUGUAUUUAUGUGAUUUCUUACGGUGCUCGCAAGUAAACUAUACUUAUUUCGCAGUAUUAUUGAAAUAAAUUAUUUUCGAUAAGA